CACAGCGGCUUAACAUUAUAACAUUAUACCUACUUAAUUUUAUAUUUUAUUAUUUUAAAUAGUUAAUAAAAAUGGUAAUUACAAAAAAAUUUAUUUUAGAAAAACCAUUUAGUGGUGCACCAACAGAAGACAAUUUUAAACUAGUAGAAGAAGAGCUAGAUGAAUUAAACAAAGGAGAAAUUUUAGUUGAAGCAAUUUGGCUCAGUGUUGAUCCAUACAUCAGGCCUUAUUCAAACCAUGUAUCUCCUGGAACAACUGUUAUGGGUACUCAAAUAGCCAAAAUUAUCAAAUCAAAUAAUCAAGAUUACAAAGUUGGUCAAAUAGUAUUCUGUUCUACUGGCUGGAGGACAUUAAGUAUCAUUAAUCCCACAAAAUCAGAAAAGGACGUUAUGCCAACAUUUUAUGUACUUCCUGAUUUUGGAAAUUUAUCUCCUUCGCUUGGUCUUGGAGUACUUGGAAUGCCAGGCAAUACAGCCUUAUUUGGAUUUUUAAAUAUUUGCGACCCAAAACCAGGGGAAACCGUUGUCAUUAGUGCUGCAGCUGGAGCUGUGGGUAUUCACGUGGCACAGAUUGCAAAGAAUUUAGGAUGCUAUAUAAUUGGUUUUGCGGGUUCUGACCGUAAGGUUAAAUGGCUAAAAGAAGUUCUUAAAUUUGAUGCAGCGUUUAAUUAUAAAACAAAAGAUGUCAAUGCAGCUCUUCUCGAGGCUGCUCCACAUGGUGUAGACUGUUACUUUGAUAACGUUGGCGGCGAUUUCAGUAGUGCAGUUAUCUAUAGAAUGAAAAAUUUUGGACGUGUUUCGGUUUGCGGCUCAAUUUCAUCAUAUAAUACUAAUCCAAAAAAUUUACCAAAAGUGCCAAUGUUACAACCAGCCAUAGUUUUUAAACAACUGAAAAUCGAAGGUUUUAUUGUUAGUAGAUGGGCAGAUAAAUGGCAAAGUGGUAUUGAACAUAAUUUAAAUCUCAUAAAAGAAGGCAAACUUAUUUAUCCAGAGUACAUUGUUCAGGGAUUUGAAAGUUUACCGCAAGCUUUUAUUGGUAUGCUAAAUGGAGAAAAUAUAGGAAAAGCUUUGGUCAAAGUUUAAAAUAUAAAAAUUAUUAUUGCCUACAAA